GUAUGGAGCCCUCGUGGUUGUUCUAUUGAUUGUUGAGUCCGCAGCUGCUAUCGUUACUAUCCUUUGGAGAGACAAGGUUUCUCGCUUCGUUUCGUUUGCUAAUAAGUAUGACAGCUCGAUCCACAGGUCCACGGUAUCCUGAAGGAUGCAGUGUACAAUUAUACACAGUCCGAUGCCAUACAGCCUAUUGAUAUGAUCCAGAAAGCAGUAAGUUCAUUGUUUCUCAUCUGUUUUUGAUCAAGCCUCUGUUCAGUUCGAGUGUUGUGGAGCGGAUAGUGCGGAUGACUACAAACACAGUUCUAUCCCAGAUUCUUGUGGACACUUCAAAGUGGGAUGUGCCCCGAUCUUCUCGGAAUUUUUGAAAUCAAGACUCUUUGUCAUCGCGUGUGCUCUAUUCGGAGUUUGCUUCGUUCAACUUUUGAGCAUCAUCAUUGCAUUUUGUUUGUGCAGACGUCUGCGGGGAUACGGAAGCGUUUGAGACGUUUGCUUGCUAUUUUGACUUUUUCAACAACAAGUUUACGGUCUCUGCAAUUUUUAAUACAUCUUGAUUGUCUGUACAAGCUUUUCAUGAACUCACACUAUUUCGUGCUUUUGUAAAUUUCCUAAUUUCGGUAAUCUGAAUCUCUCGGUCUUGAUGCGCAUGCAAUGUGCCUAGUCAUUGUACGUUUAUUGGUUGUCGUGUUUUCAGUCAAAAUAUGAACAGGUC